AUGAUGCCUUCGGCGAUUGCCACCUCCUCUUGCCCGGCCAUCGGCUCUCGCGGCGUCGGCCAGGAGGGGUGUCGGGAGAAUGAGCCGAAUGGCUUUGGGCCGAGCCUCACCACCUGCUCGGAUUCGAUUCCUCUUCACCCUCACGGCGUGAAGCCUCUAGGGAAUUGUUACCUGUCCCAUGGUCCGAAUGCGAGAGCUAGCUCGGGGACGUGGGCCCUUUUGCCGGAUGAGAUGUUGGCCGUCGUUCUUGAACAUUUGGAUCAGAUGGAUCUAAUGAAGCUGGGCUCGACCUGCAAGUUCUUUCAUGCCUUCUGCCGCUGGGACGACCUCUGGAAGCCCCUGUUCCUCCAAUUGCCGAAGCAUCAGACUCACUCCCUUGGAUGGAAAGGGACAUGGAGAUCUACAGUGUUGGCCCUGCCCAAGGAUCGAGAAGCGGAGAUUGACUGCGGCGGUGUCUUCUCCGAUGUCCUACACCGACCAUUUGCUUGCUCGAACAUUGACCUGACAAAGACUGUCCGCAACAUACCGACGAGGAAUCAGAUUCAUCGGCAUGGAAACCUCACGUACGAUGAGUAUGCCGAACGAUGGACGGAGCGUCCAUUUAUUCUGACGAAAUGCAUCCAAGAGUGGCCCAUCUGCUCGCAAUGGACCAUCGAGAAACUGCUGCGGGACCACGGCGACGUCGAUUUUCGUGCCGAGGCCGUCGACUGGACCCUUUCCCGUUACUGCAACUACAUGGGCCACAACAAAGACGAAAGCCCCCUCUAUCUGUUUGAUCGCAAGUUUGUCGAGAAGAUGGGCCUCAAGGUCGGGCGAGAGGCCGACGCCGCCUACUGGCGGCCAGACUGCUUCGGGCCAGACCUGUUCGAGCUUCUGGGAUCGGAGCGACCAGCGCAUAGGUGGCUAAUUGUUGGGCCCGAACGUAGUGGCUCUACCUUUCACAAAGACCCCAACGGCACCAGCGCCUGGAAUGCGGUGAUACAGGGCUCCAAGUACUGGAUCAUGUUCCCGCCAACUGCUCAGGUGCCCGGGGUGUACGUGUCCGAAGACAGCAGCGAGGUGACGAGCCCGCUCAGCAUUGCCGAGUGGCUGUUGACAUUUCACCAAGAGGCUCGUCUGCUGCCCGACUGCGUCGAGGGCAUCUGCCACUCGGGCGAGAUUCUGCACGUUCCGAGUGGCUGGUGGCACUUGGUGGUGAACCUCGAGAGUGGCAUUGCCGUGACGCAGAACUUUGUGCCGCUAUCGCCCAGCCUAAACUUGCUUUCGGAAGUGCUCGCUUUCCUGAGAGACAAGCCGGACCAGGUCUCGGGUUUCUCGAAAGAUGCCGAGGAUCCGUACCAGCUUUUCACGGCCAGGCUCCGAAAGGAGCACCCCGCUGUGUUGGAGAAGGCGCUGGAUAUGAUGGACAGACAGAAUGGAAAGAAGCGCAAAUGGGACACGGUCGUUGGCCGAGAAGAAAAGGAGCCGGGGGAGACGGCCUUUAGCUUUGGAUUUGGAGGGGAUGACGACGACGAGGUACCGUGA